GCACAUACACCCUCCUAGAGACUGAUGGCACAAAACGCGUGGUGGAAUACGAAGCCGACGACAAGAACGGAUUCAACGCGAUAGUGCACAAGAUCGGCACCCCCAAGGAACACGAGGAGUACAAACCCCAGAAGCACUACGAGGAGUACAAACCUCAAAAGCACUUUGAGGAGUACAAGCCCCAGUACCACGAGUUCAAUAACUUUGAGGAUGGGUUCGUGCCGGUUGCUGGAGGAUUCGAACAUUAAUAAAAGUAAAUAAAUUAUAGGAUGAAAUCUUUUGAGUCUGAAAGAGGUCUACUAUGGAACGAUUAUGUGAAAAUAAUUUUAGGAGUCAUAUGAUUUUAUCAUGAUUACUUCAUAGGUUACAGUCAUUUGAUUGCAAUAGACAGCACUUAUUUUAUAGCUAAAAUUGUAGCAUCUUAUAAUGCAAGUACCUACAUAAGCGCUAUUUUACAACGAAAAUGUCGUCUGUACCAAAUGACCUAAAUUUCGUAUCAUAGUGUGUGCUUUCAGACUGAAAAGAUUUUCGCACUUGACAUACCUAGACUGUUAAAAAAUAAGCCCAUACAUAAUACAAACGUUUCUAUUACAAAUAAUUUAUUAACAAACUGUAUUAUUUAUAAAGGACAUACCUAAUUGCGAUGUGCAUUUAUCGGAACACUGAAAUUUUCAUUCAAAUUACUUGUAAACGUAUGGGCUCUAUUGUUGAAAUUUUAUAGAUAAGCUUUAAUAGUUGUACUUAUUUGAAUGUUUUUAUCUUUUCGAAUGAUAAAAGUGUGCUUUAGCUUUUAAAUAAAAUCAAGGAGAAACAAUUUAGAAACGAUUUCAGUGGAAAAAUCGAAGUACUUACUCUCUCGAAUGAUGUACGAAUAAAAGCUUUUAAAAGAAGCUGUAUUGUAUGUAAUUUGCUUAAGACUGCUGUUGUUACUGUUUUCAUGUUUUAAUUAGUGUUUAAGCGUUGUACAAAACUCUUACGAUUUGAAUAAAUCUUGAAAAAUUU